AUUUACAUUAUAUUCACGUCUUGAUCGAUGAAAAAACAAACAAUAUUUGACGAUUUUUAAGUCUUGUAGAAUAUUUCAUGUUUCUAAGUGGGAUUAACACUACCUCUUCCAACCGCAAUUAUUAUUUGAUUUCAAUCUUAAUUUUUUGCGUUUAAUUCUAGUAAAAUGUUAUUUCUUCAGUUCCUAUGAUUAUUACCAUCACAAAAACGUCUUUGAAAAGCCGCUUUCUUGUGUAAAUAGUUAUUGGCGGUUUCUCGCUCUCUUCCCAUGCCGCAAGUUAACAAACAUCGGUAUAACAAAAGGAAACAUUAAUUACGUUUUAGCUCGCUCCAUAACAUGGCUUGAUAAUAUCAAAAAAUCUACUGGGCAGUUUCGGAGAUUUAAUUUAAGCAGAUUUGUUUUGUUUUCAUGCAGUUUUGUUUUGUCUUCAUGCUGUUAGUUUACGUGUAUCAGUCUUUUUUUUUUUGCAGUCGGUAGCCUGCGGUGAUUCACUUUCUAUUUAAAAUAAAACUUGAAUCCCAAAAGUUACUCUCUGUAAACUCAAUUACGUAAGGUGCGUAACUGUUUCUUUUCGAUUUACUUUUCUUAACAUGUACACGUGUAACGAUCAUCGAUAUCAUUUGGCCCCUGCUGAACCCGGUCGGAGUGAUGAGCAUUAGGGCGGGUUUUGGUCAUUUUCUUAAGUGACCGUUCUUUCAUCUUGUAUACACAUGACCACUGUUUGUCUGAAUCGACUGAAACUCGUGGUACAGCUAAUAUGAAUGAAUGUCAAUGAUAAUAUAAAGCUUACAACUGAAAUCCCUCACUGCAAAUCUUCAGUUUUUUAUUUUGCUUUCAUUUUGAAGGUAGCUUUGAUGAGUUUCUGGUACAAUCAAAGGAAUGGCAGUUGAUUUCGCUAGCAAUCUGACAAAUUUAACUGAAAAACACUGGAGUGAUAGCCCUGCGGAGCAGCCUGCUUGGUAUUGGAUACUGCUAACAGUGCCUGGCAAUGGCCUUGUUAUUUUCCUUAUCUUAGAGAGACGAAAUCUCCAAAUCACUUGUAACUGGUUUGUGUUGUCGUUAUCCGUGGCGAAUUUUUUUGUUGGACUCCUUCUUUCUUCAUUAUCUUUCAUCUGCCAACAGAAAGGAAUUUCUUGUAACAACGCAGUGUUUUACUCUGCCUUUAAUACAUUUCUUGUUAUUUUUAUCGCCAAUACCUUUUCUACCACCAGUUAUUUUGUUGUUUAUGCACAUGCAAAAACUGCAUACCGCUCGAAAACUGCGAAGACCAACACGGCGGCGCAGCUUGCUCAGUUGAGAUUUAACCAAGCUCGCAAGGCCAGGAUAAUUCCUAACUCGAGACUGCGAAUGCAAGAGAGAUCCGUAAAAGUCAUUGGGGCUGUCGUUAUUCUGUUUGUCAUCUGCUGGACGUUUGAUAUCUAUAAAUCACUAUGCCGACAUUAUUUUGAAUGUCCUGUAGACGAAAUUGUUAUAGACCAUUUGUCAUUACUUUUUAUCUACACAAUCUCUGCUCUUAACCCAGUUGUGUGUACCCUGUUAAAAAGGGAUGUAAGAACUGAAGUACGAAAUUUGUUUCGAUGCCCAUAAAUCUAUGUGUACGAUACUUGCAUUGAACGAUUUUUGGAUUUUUUUACAGAUUAAACUCACGCAGUUAUGCCCGCUCAAAAGAGGGUGUGACGGACUGUGGCCGUGAGAGUGUGGAUGUGAUGCUGUAAUGGAUGGAUUUUUUAGCUCUGUUCCGUUUGUACCUAUCUUACUAUAGUUCUCUGGUCAAAGUUACUAAAUCAUGCUUUGACUGUGUAGCUCUGAAAUAAAAUUCCCCUUAUUGCCCAUUGUCUAAAAUAGAUAUAAGAUGUCAAAAAUAGGAGUGAAACCCUAGUUCAUUUAUUUUAGAGAAAAUCCGGCAUUGAUCCGUAGAAUCCGGUGCCCAGCCAGCUCUGAAAAUAAAACAUUGAUCCAGUCGCCCUCGACC